AUGUCGGUGACUUACUUGCCCUUGAUCGUUGCCUCGGCAGGCGUGGCAUCUCACCUUUUCUUCUUCAGACUUGGUGAACAUUACCUAUACCCUACACGAUACCUUCAAGCAUUCCUUCUUGGGUGCAUUGUCACGACUGUUGCUAGAUCACAUUAUGGCAAUAUUCCCACUAGAGAGGCCGUUGCUUUUACCGCCAAAUACGCAUCACUGUAUCUGGCUGGCCUCUACACCAGUCUCGUCGUUUACCGUCUCUUCUUCAAUCCGUUGAAUAAGAUACCUGGUCCGUACUGGGCGCGGCUGUCAAGAUUCGAUCUGGUCUUCCGAGUUGCAGGCAAGAGGAAUCUACACAAACACCUGCUCGCCAUGCACCAGAAGUAUGGCAAAUUCGUUCGGCUCGACCCCUAUGGUAUCUCUGUCACCCACCCGGAUGGUGUGGAGGUCAUAUCUGGCGUUAAAUCCAGAUGCACUAAAAGCGAAUGGUAUGAUGCGGACUCCCCACGAAUUUCCAUGCAUACGUGCCGGGAUCGAGCGCAGCAUGAUCGACGGCGAAGAAUCUGGAGUCCAGCAUUCAGUGACAAGGCACUUCGGGGCUACGAGAAUCGGGUGCAGAAGUAUAAUGACUUGUUUCUCCAGAAGGUGGAGGAGUCAAAAGGCGGCCCGAUGAAUGUGUCGAAAUGGUUCAACCUAUACUCCUUCGAUGUCAUGGGCGAUCUCGCCUUCGGUGCUUCAUAUCAGUGUCUAGAAUCUGGAGAGAUGCACUGGGCCAUCAAGUUGCUCAAUGACGGCAUGGACGUUCUCGGCUUCUGGCUGCCGUGCUGGCUCUUCCGUACUCUGCUCACCAUUCCCGGCGCAACCACAGAUCACUGGCGGUUCCUUAAUUACUGCGCUGAACAGCUUGAACAGCGAAUGAAGAUGCAGGGCAAGCUAGAGAAUCCUGACAUUUCGCAUACGUUGAUCGAACAUUACAACAAAUCAGACCCGGCAACGCAGAAGGCUCAGAAACCCAUGUUGGAGGGCGACAGCCGGCUCAUUAUCGUUGCUGGUUCGGACACGACGGCAGCCACCCUGGUGCAUUUGUUCUACUAUAUCGCUACGGAGAAAGGUCUCAUUGACCGAUUGAGAGAGGAGCUUGAUGGCUUGGCGAAGCCUGAGGAGAAAAUUGACGCCCUCAAAAUCAAGGACGCACCGCUCUUGAACGGAGCGAUCAAUGAGGCACUGCGACUGAACCCUGCUGUGCCCAGUGGAGUGUUCAGAGAGACACCAAAAGAAGGAGUGGAAAUUGCGGGCGUGUAUAUCCCGGGAAACACGGUGAUCCAGAUGCCCCAGUAUGUGAUGGGGAGAGACCCCGACCUCUACCCCCAGCCACUAGAAUUCAUUCCUGAGCGUCAUUUCUCCCGCCCCGAACUCAUCCGCCACAAGGACGCAUUCCACCCCUUCUCCGCCGGCCCCUACAACUGCAUCGGCAAGAACCUGGCCUACAUGGAGAUCCGUCUGUUGACCGCGAACAUCAUCCGCAAGUACGACGUCAGGCUGGCGGACGGAGAAACUGGAGAGUCCCUCUUGACGGGGACCCACGACCACUUUACCCUCGGGCUCGGGCCCCUCGACCUCUGCUUCGAGCCGAGGAGGACGGUGUCGUAG